AUGGCAGACAAAAGUACCAACCAUCGUAGCCCAAGCCUUGCAGUUCAGGAGGAGGUAGCACAGUACUUCCCCCACAUCGCCGAUGAACCUGCUGGCAUCCAAACCCAGCCCCAUGGUGAGAGUGUGCUGUUUGAAGCCCUGACAAGAGAGCCUUCGUUUUCGUCCCACCACCAACACUCUGAAUAUGGUCCCCGGUACUUUCCGGCUCCUGACACUACCUACUUCCGCUUCAACGGUGUUGAAGUAGACACUGACCUUUCCAAGCUGAGCGAUUGGGAGACGGACACCUCUGACGACAGUGAAUAUGAUCACGAGCGAGAGUUGACUCCUCAAUCCGGAGGCAGCCAGGCCAUCAACGAAAAUAUUGGUCAAGAGGGAGAGAAUGAGUAUCCCGCGAUAUUGGUCGCCACAGCCAAUGCUGCCGUAAACGCUGUGCAGCAGCGCUACCAUGGUCAUGUACGGUUGGGAGCCGGUCACGAAGUCAACAAUGGUCAGGCCAGCGGUCAGGCACACGUAUCUGGCUUUGUCGAUAACCGCGGGUACAUGUACCCCGAUCCUUCCCAGAGUGACCAACAAUCCGGCCUCAUCGUCGGCCCCGCCUUUAGUCGACCUACUCGUAUAGGCCCUGAGGAACCUCAAAAUGAGCCUUUCGUCCUUGGCCCAAACGCGGCAAUGCUUGAAGAACAUGGUGUCGAGUCCACUGCAGCCCACACCGCUUACUACGGCCAUAACCUCCCAACCCGGAGAGCCCGCUGCCCUGAUGGUAGAUUCCGCUGCCGUGUCUGCACCUAUACGAGCGGACGCCUCCAAGCCCUGCAGCGCCAUAUCAGCACGCGCACAGGCAACAUCAGGUUCAGCUGCCCCCACUGCGGGAGACGCUUCGUCCGCCAGGACCUUAUGCGCAUCCAUUCCAGGAAGUGUAAACACGCCGGCAAGCGCGAAGGUCCUCCGGAUAAUGCUCCUGGCCCGCCUGGUGGUCCCCAUGGGUCUGACGGCGACGCUGGUGCUGGAGCCUCUACAAGCAAGGCUGCGAGGCGCAAGGUUCAAGGUAGCGGUAGAAACCGUGGGGGAAGAAGGGCGGCGAAGGCCUAA